AUGGGGUUCCGCAAGAAGAGCACCCGGAACCCGCCGGUCCUGAGCCAGGAGUUCAUCCUGCAGAAUCACGCGGACAUCGUGUCCUGCGUGGGCAUGUUCUUCGUGCUGGGGCUGAUGUUCGAGGGCACAGCGGAGGCGUCCAUCGUCUUCCUCACGCUGCAGCAUGGCGUCGUGGUCCCCGCGGCGGAAGAGCACGCCGCGGGCUCCAGGUCCCUGUACCAUUAUGGGGCCAAAGACCUGGCCACGAUUUUCUUCUACAUGCUGGUGGCGAUCAUCCUGCACGCCACCAUCCAGGAGUACGUGCUGGAUAAGAUCAACAGGAGGAUGCAGUUCACCAAAGCGAGGCAGAACAAGUUCAACGCGUCCGGCCAGUUCAGCGUGUUCUACUUCGUCUCGUGCGUCUGGGGCGCGGUCGUGCUGGUCUCUGAGAACUGCCUGGCCGACCCCGCGCUCCUGUGGAGGGCGCAGCCCCACAGCAUGAUGACCUUCCAGAUGAAGUUCUUCUAUAUCUCGCAGCUGGCUUACUGGUUCCACGCCUUUCCCGAGCUCUACUUCCAGAAAACCAAAAAACAAGACGUCCCCGGGCAGCUUGUGUACAUCGGCCUCCACCUGUUCCACAUCACGGGCGCUUACCUGCUGUACCUGAACCACCUGGGGCUCCUGCUUCUGGUGCUGCACUACUUCGUGGAAUUGCUCUCCCACAUGUGCGGCCUGUUUUAUUUUAGCGACGAGAAGUACCAGAAAGGGAUCUCUCUGUGGGCCAUUGUGUUCAUUUUGGGUAGACUCGUGACUUUAAUCGUCUCGGUCCUGACCGUUGGGUUUCACUUGGCUGGAUCGCAUAGUCGGAAUCCAGAUUCCGUGACUGGAAACGUAAACGUAUUGGCAGCUAAAAUCGCUGUUUUGUCCUCCAGUUGCACUAUCCAGGCAUACAUAACAUGGAACUUAAUCACUCUGUGGUUUCAGAGAUGGAUAGAGGAUUCUAAUCUUCAGGCCUCAUUUGUGAAGAAGAAACGGUCCCUGAGUAAAGGCAAGUCUUCUAAAAAAGGAACAGAAAAUGGAGUGGAAACUUCACAUAGAGUAGACUUUGCCCCAAAGCGGAAAGAGAAAUCCUCAUAA